AGUCUCGAACGGAGUUCGUGGGAGCCACCGAGAGACACACCAGACAGAGUCUCUACUGCCCGCGAGGACUGAACGUUCGAACUGCCGCGUAUCGCGUCCGUCUUUUACGCGUUUAAUCCGCAUCUCGAUAGACGAACGCGUUUUACCCGCAACGCGAGUUGCAUGAGUUAAAAAAAAUCGGCGAUCAUUCGCCUGACAUCGGAGGCUCCGAAACCGCCACCGCGCAGUGUUAUGACGCUAGGUGAGAAGUGCGAGUUUAAAAAGUGAUCCGCGCCUUCCCGCAACUCGAUAUCCGUCGACGUCAAAACGGAACGAUGAUGGGGCAGUGGUGGAAGCCCGUUAUGCUGGGCUGGGGCUUGUCGACGAUCCUGUUCCUUCUGGUCCUUCAAAACUCGGUGAAAACAUCGUUGGCCUGUAACGAGGCGAUCUGCGCCAGCGUUGUCAGCAAGUGUAUGCUGACCCAGAGCUGCAAGUGUGACCUGGUGACCUGCACCUGCUGCAAGGAGUGUUUCAGCUGCCUCAGCUAUCUCUACGACGAGUGCUGUUCGUGCGUCGACCUUUGUCCAAAGCCGAAUAUCACCGUAAAUCCACUAAGCGCAAAGUCCCAUGUUGAAGAAUUCGCCGAACCGGUACCUGGACUUUUCCAGGCUUUAACGUCCGAGACGGAUACCCUUAGACGAUGGCUGACCUUCACCUUUCCCGUCGACUUCGAUAUCUCUACUUACAAUCCGAAGAACGAAAAGGAAGACUAUCACAUGCAAACCGUUGAGCAGGAGGUCCAGCCCAUCAAGACGAACGUGGUGACCUUGAAUUGCACCGUCGCGUUCAUGGCUCAGUGCAACUCCUGGCACAAGUGCAAGGCAUCCUGUCAGAGCAUGGGGGCAACCAGUUACAGAUGGUUCCACGAUGGGUGCUGCGAAUGCGUCGGCGACACCUGCAUCAAUUACGGUAUCAACGAGUCGAGGUGCGAGGGCUGUUCCCAGACCUCCGAGCUUAGGGAUGAUCUCAAGAAUCAGUACGACGACUACGGUCAGGACGACGACGAAUUAUUGGACGAAGAUUUUUGAUGCCGAUGGUUGGAUUCAAGUCUGCGAGCGAGACGGUUCGACAAGAUGCGCUGGAUCGUACGUAUGCGAAACGUUGAGUAAAUUUGUUCAAAAAUUACACGUGUAAAGUGACACGGAUACGCGAAUUUUUUAUUACGAAAUGUUGAUGUCUGCCGCGAGUAGAUGGGAACGAAUUCGUAGAUUCCAAUCUUUUGAGAUUACUGUUAAAUGGUUUGGAAUUUCGAAACCCUUUCAGCCUAGUGGGUGGAUUUAUAUUAUGGUGUAUUUCUUGUAUAUCGUUUUUUUUAACGGUCUUUUAAAGCAGUUUCACGAUGAAACUGAUGAUAAUUUACCUAUACGUUAUUUCUAAGAAUAUCUAGAAUGUCUAGAAUAAUUUUAUCAGAUACCUAUCAUUGUACUGUGCCAUAUGAAUAAAAUUACGUAUAAGCAGA